CGUCUGCAUGGGAGCGAGGCUAUUUUGUACUUUUCAAUAUGGCCGUCGAGUGAUGAUGAGCUAUUUGUAGAGCGAUGCAUUUAAACGCACUUCUAACAUGAACUGGCAUCUCUUCUACAUUCACUAAUAACCAAAAAUAAAAAUCAAGAUGUCCAGGCACAGGAAUAUUAGGAAUUAUGCCUAUGAAGAUGACAUGUCUGAAGAUGUUUAUGGCCAUUCUGUUGAGGACUAUGACAUGGCUGUAUCCCCUACCACUGCUCACCAGUUCAUGUACAGUAGAGGUGAUAAUCACCCAGACUUGUUCAGCAACUACAUGGGCGGCAGGUUUGGUAGCGUGGAAGAGGAAAAGGAGGAGGAGGAAGAGGAAGAAAACUCUUUGACCAGCUCACAGGACUACAAGAGGCCACAACUGGAUGCUUUGAGUGAAGCCAAGCUGUCUUCCUGUCUUGAUCAACUGAACUCCAUCCUUGGGGAUGACUGCCACGAGCCAACUGCUGUUGAUGCCAUCUUGAAGCAUGACUUUAAUGUGGAGAAGGCACUAGAUUAUAUCUUCAACAGAGAAACCAAGCAAGACAAGUCCUGUGAAUCAAAUAAAGGUACAGGUCACCCCCUUUCGGUACAUCCACCGCAGCCUAGCCUCUUAUCUGCUCCUGCCAAGAUCAAGCCAACUCCAGCACCCAUCUUUGUUGGUCUCCCUAAGGCUAAAGCAGAGUCAGUUGUAGCAUCUGCAGUGGCAGCAAAUAAAGUGUCAUCAAAUGUGGUCCUGGGGUUUACCACUUCAAGGGAGGAGAAACGAUCGUCUGCUACCAGUUCGCCUGACCAGCAGAACAUGUCUCCUGCAACUGAAGCUUCCAGGUCUCCUGAAUUGAAACAGAAAUCCAAGGCCAAGGAUCGUUUGGAUGCCAAGGCUGAGCUGGAAAAGAGGCACCAGGGAAAAGAGCUUCUUAACUUGGUCAUCAUUGGUCAUGUAGAUGCUGGUAAAAGCACACUGAUGGGGCAUCUCCUCUUCUUGCUUGGAGAUGUUUCCAAGAAAGCAAUACACAAAUAUGAGACAGAAUCCAAAAAAGCUGGCAAGGCAUCAUUUGCUUACGCCUGGGUUCUGGACGAGACUGGGGAAGAAAGAGAACGUGGCAUCACGAUGGAUGUCGGCCUGACAAGAUUCCAGACGAAAAAUAAAGUGAUCACUUUGAUGGAUGCACCUGGACACAAGGACUUCAUUCCUAACAUGAUCACUGGUGCUGCCCAGGCGGAUGUGGCCAUACUUGUCGUUGAUGCAAUUACUGGCGAGUUUGAAGCAGGUUUUGAGUCUGGUGGACAGACCAGGGAGCAUGCUAUUCUUGUCCGGUCACUUGGCGUCACGCAACUCAUUGUGGCUAUUAAUAAGCUGGAUAUGAUGUCUUGGAGCGAGGAGAGAUAUUUACACAUUGUUAGUAAGCUAAAGCACUUCCUCAAGCAAGUUGGAUUUAAGGAUUCUGAUGUUGUUUAUGUUCCAGUCAGUGGUCUGUCCGGAGAAAAUUUAGUGAAACCUUGCACUGAGGAAAAAUUAAAGAAAUGGUACCAAGGGCAGUGUCUCGUUGACAGAAUUGAUGAAUUCAAGUCUCCCAAACGUGACAUGGACAAGCCUUGGAGGUUCUGUGUGUCUGACGUUUAUAAGGGUUUGGGCACAGGGAUAAAUCUUGCUGGGAAAAUGGAAGCAGGUCAUAUUCAGACAGGGGAUAAGGCUCUCGCAAUGCCGGCUGGCGAAAAGGGGCUUCUUAAAGCUUUGAAUAUUCACGACGAACCGACGCAGUGGGCAUGCGCGGGAGAUCACGUGACCCUCACUUUAUCCGGGAUAGACAUGAUGCAUGUCGGUGUGGGCACGGUGCUGUGCGACCCGGCCUCCCCUAUCCGGGGCACGUGCCGUAUUAAGGCCCGAAUCAUCGUGUUCAACAUUGAAGUGCCCAUCACCAACGGAUUCAUGGUCCUGUUCCACUAUCAAAACUUAAGCGAGCCUGCUACUAUCAAGAAGUUACACGCACUGCUGAACAAGAGCACAGGGGAAGUGAUACAGAGAAAGCCGAGGUGUCUGCCAAAGAAUUCAAAUGCUGAGGUCGAGCUCCAGACAUCUCGUCCUGUCUGUGUGGAGUUAUACAAGGAUUACAAGGACCUUGGCCGGUUCAUGUUGCGCUACGGCGGGGACACUAUCGCUGCUGGCGUCAUUACACAGAUAAUGUAGCUAUCUCAUCGACCGAUCUCUUCUCCUCGUUUAAGGUAUCCCCUCCCCCUUUCCCCUUCUGCUUGGGCUACUUGGAUAAUCUAAGGAUCGAAAUAUUUUAAAUGAAAAAGAACUUGGCGCGAUAAAUUAAUAUUUGAACAAUGUCAUUCGCUGCGUUACAAAAAUAACACUCUCGAACUCAUUGCGUUACCAAGAUGUCACAGAAGCACUCGCUGCGUUACCAAGUCAUAAAAGGACUCGCUGCGUUACCAAGAUAAGUCAUAGAAGAACUCGCUGCGUUACCAAGAUGUCACACAAGAACUCGCUGCGUUACCAAGAUAUGUCAUUGAAGAACUCGCUGCGUUACCAAGAUGUAACACAAGAAUUCGUUGCGUUACCAAGAUGUCACACGAGAAUUUGUCGCUUUACUAUCAAUUAUACGAUUCUUACGUGACCAUUUUGUCACUCAAAGAAGUCUUGCCCGAGAUGACUAUUAAAAAAAAAGUAACAUCGUGAUGUGAGUAAAAGGACUGGAUGCGUGACCAUGAUGUCCCUAAAGGGCUGGUUGCGUGACCAUGAUGUCCCGCGAGGACUCGUUGCGUGACCAUGAUGUCCCGCGAGGACUCGUUGCGUGACCAUGAUGUCCCUAAAGGGCUGGUUGCGUGACCAUGAUGUCCCUAAAGGGCUGGUUGCGUGACCAUGAUGUCCCUAAAGGGCUGGUUGCGUGACCAUGAUGUCCCUAAAGGGCUGGUUGCGUGACCAUGAUGUCCCUAAAGGGCUGGUUGCGUGACCAUGAUGUCCCUAAAGGGCUGGUUGCGUGACCGUGAUGUCCCUAAAGGGCUGGUUGUGUGACCAUUGUGUCCCUCAAAGACUCGUUGCGUGACCAUGAUGUCCCGCGAGGACUCGUUGCGUGACCAUGAUGUCACUCAAGGACUAGUUGCGUUACCAUUGUGUCUCGACGACUGGUGCCGUGACUUUGAUGUCACUCAAAGACUUUAGCGUGGCCAUGACGUCACGACGUCACAUGUUGGGCUUCGGAACUAAGUCUUGAAAUUAAAUAUAUUAAAUAUAAGUGUCUGUCAAAUCAGGAUUUGUAUAGUCACGAAUAAAAAGAAGAAAAUUU